CCUCCCCCUCGCGCUGCUCGCCACACUCCUCCCCUCCCGAUCCCGGCGUCCCCGCCUCUCCCCUCCCUGACGGCGCGCUCCGUUCCGCCACCCAAUGCCGACGCCAGAAGUUGCCCCCGCAGGCAUCCUCCUCCUCUUCCUCCCGCUCCUCGUCCUCUUGGCUUCUGCCGGCGCCGCCAAUGCCGCGAUAGAGUCGGAGACCUCGGCGCUCCUGGCCUGGAAGGCCAACCUCACCGACGCGGCCGCGCUGUCCAACUGGACCAAGGCCUCGUCGCCCUGCUCCUGGUAUGGCGUGACCUGUGACGCCGCCGCCACCCGCGUCGAGUCGCUCAGUCUCCGGGGCCUCGGCAUCGGCGGCACGCUCGACGCGUUCGACGCCGCGGCGCUCCCGGCGCUCGCCAAGCUCGACCUCAACGGGAACAACUUCGUCGGCCCCAUCCCAGCCAGCCUCUCGCGCCUGCGAUCCCUCGCCUCGCUCGACCUUGGCAGCAACGGGUUCGAUGGCCCCAUCCCGCCGCAGCUCGGCGACCUCUCCGGCCUCGUCGAGCUCCGCCUCUACAACAACAACCUUGCCGACGCCAUCCCGCACCAGAUCACCAGGCUCCCCAGGAUCAAGCAUUUCGACCUGGGCUCCAACUUCCUCAACAUGACGGACUACAGCAGGUUCUCGCCCAUGCCCACUGUCACCUUCAUGUCGCUCUACCUCAACUACCUCGGCGGCAGCUUCCCGGAUUUCGUCCUCCAGAGCGGCAACGUCACCUACCUCGACCUGUCGCAGAACCUCUUCUCCGGGCAGAUACCGGCCUCGCUGCCGGAGAAGCUCCCCAACCUCAUGCACCUCAACCUGUCCAUCAACACCUUCUCCGGCCGGAUACCGGCGUCACUGUCGAAGCUUGGGAAGCUCCAGGACCUGCGGAUUGGCACCAACAAUCUGACAGGGGGCAUCCCCGAUUUCCUUGGAUCGAUGUCCCAGCUCAGAGUUCUUGAAGUCGGCAGCAACCAGCUCGGCGGUCCGAUCCCGUCGGUUCUUGGCCGGCUGCGGAUGCUACAACGCCUUGACAUUAAGAGCGCCGGAUUGAAUUCCACAAUUCCACCGGAGCUGGGCAACCUUUCCAACCUCACUUUCAUGGACGCGUCCGGGAACCAACUCACCGGUGUCCUGCCGGCGGCGUUUGCCGGGAUGCGCAAGAUGCAGGAGUUUGGCAUAUCGUCGAACAAACUCAGCGGUCAUAUUCCGCCGGCUUUGUUCACGAAUUGGCCAGAGCUCAUAUCGUUCCAGGUGCAGAACAACUCGUUCAACGGGAUGGUUCCACCGGAGCUCGGCAAUCCGACCAAGCUGAAAAUCUUGUAUCUCUUCAGCAACAACCUUACCGGCUCUAUCCCCGCUGAGCUCGGCGAGCUGGUGAACCUGAUUGAAUUGGAUUUGUCGGUGAACCAGCUCACGGGACAGAUCCCCAGCUCGUUCGGCAACCUCACGCAGCUCACGAGGCUGGCGCUCUUCUUCAACCAGCUCACCGGCUCGAUCCCGCCAGAGAUCGGCAACAUGACGGCGUUGCAAGUCUUGGACGUCAACACCAACCAGCUGGAAGGCGAGCUGCCCACCUCCAUCACAGUGCUCAGAAAUCUCAAUUACCUCGCUCUGUUUGACAACCACUUCAGCGGCACCCUGCCACCGGACCUCGGGAAGGGACUGAGCUUUACCGAUGCGAGCUUCGCAAACAACAGUUUCUCUGGCGAACUGCCACAGAGCUUGUGUGAUGGCCUCGCCCUGCAGAACUUCACGGCGAACCUCAACAACUUCAGCGGCACGCUGCCGCCGUGCCUCAAGAACUGCACGGACCUGUACCGGGUGCGGCUGGAAGGGAACCACUUCACGGGUGACAUCUCGGAGGCGUUCGGUGUCCACCACAACUUGAACUACCUGGAUAUCUCCGGGAACAAGCUGACCGGCCGGCUAUCGUCGGACUGGGGGGAAUGCACCAAUUUGACGAGCCUGGAGAUGGAUGGUAAUCGCUUAUCCGGCAGCAUUCCAGCGGCAUUUGGGAACAUGACGAGCUUACAGAACCUCAACUUGGCUGCGAAUAAUUUCACAGGAGGUGUUCCAUCUGAGCUGGGCCAUCUCGGCCUCUUGUUCAGUCUCAAUCUUAGCCAUAACGCCAUCUCGGGGUCAAUUCCGGCAAGUUUGGGCAACAAUUCCAAGCUACGGUCAGUCGAUUUGUCCGGGAACUUGCUCAUGGGGACGAUACCUGUGGGCAUUGGCAAGCUUGGUGAUCUAUUGUUUCUUGAUAUGAGCAAGAAUAUGUUGUCUGGAAAGAUACCAGAUGAGCUGGGCAAUCUGGCUCAGUUGCAGAUCCUUCUUGAUCUGAGCAGUAACUCAUUGUCGGGUGUCAUCCCCUCGAAUCUUGUGAAGCUGAGAACUUUGCAGAAACUGAACCUGUCGCACAACGAUCUCAGUGGUUCAAUACCACCAGGGUUUUCUGACAUGAGAAGCCUUGAAACAGUUGAUUUCUCUUACAAUCGACUCACCGGUGAGAUACCUUCUAUCCAGAACACAUCAGCUGAUGCCUACAUUGGGAAUUCGGGGCUCUGUGGUAAUGUGCAAGGCAUAGCUUCUUGUGACCACAGUUCAAGCAGUGCAUCUUCAGGGCAUCACAAGAAAAUAGUCAUUGCAUCAGUUGUAUCAGUUGUGGGGGUUGUGUUACUUGCAGCCAUUGCUGCUUGCCUCAUACUGAUAUACAGAAGGAGGCCUCGUGAGCCAAAAGUGCUGGAGGCUAACAGCAAUGAUGCUUUUGAGUCCAUGAUUUGGGAAAAGGAGGGAAAGUUCACAUUCUUUGACAUCGUGAAUGCCACAGACAACUUCAACGAAAUCUUCUGCAUUGGUAAAGGAGGGUUUGGGACCGUGUACAGAGCUGAGCUUGCAAGUGGGCAGGUUGUGGCUGUCAAGAGGUUCCAUGUCGCCGAGACAGGCGACAUAUCGGACGUGAACAAAAAGAGUUUUGAGAAUGAGAUUAAGGCGCUGACAGAGGUUCGCCACCGGAAUAUCGUCAAACUCCAUGGCUUCUGCACUAGUGGUGACUACAUGUAUCUGGUGUACGAGUACCUGGAAAGGGGCAGCUUGGCGAAGACAUUGUACGGGGAGGACGGCAAAAAGAAGCUGGACUGGGACGUGAGGAUGAAGGUAAUCCAGGGGGUUGCUCAUGCCCUGGCCUACUUGCAUCAUGACUGCAAUCCACCCAUCGUUCACCGAGAUAUCACUUUGAAUAAUAUCCUGCUUGAAUCGGACUUCGAGCCACGGUUGUGUGAUUUUGGCACCGCAAAGUUACUUGGGUCUGCUUCUACAAACUGGACUUCCGUGGCAGGAUCGUAUGGCUACAUGGCUCCAGAGUUUGCAUACACAAUGAGGGUAACUGAGAAGUGCGAUGUUUAUAGCUUUGGUGUUGUUGCACUGGAGGUCAUAAUGGGGAAGCACCCUGGUGACUUGCUAACCUCUCUGCCGGCCAUCUCCUCAUCUCAAGAAGAUGAUUUACUCCUCAAGGACAUACUGGACCAGCGUUUGGAUCCUCCAACAGAACAGCUUGCCGAAGAAGUUGUGUUCGUCGUGAGGAUAGCACUUGCUUGCACCAGGGUAAAUCCUGAAUCCAGGCCUUCAAUGCGAUCUGUAGCGCAAGAGAUAUCAGCACAUACCCAGGCCUACCUCUCCGAAGCAUUUAGACUUAUCACAAUAAGCAAGCUAACAGACUACCUGAAGUGAGGUGACCUAUGUGCAGAGAUUUUGAACCUACACAGACACACCUGAAAAUAGCACAGUUAUUAAUUCUGUAAACGCUGUUUUAGAUCCUCAAGUAUGUCAGUUUUACUGCCAAAGACCAAUAGUAGGAGAACAUAUUGCGGUAACUACUGAUAAAAUAGACAAUAGCCAAAUUAUCCUAAAGAUUGUCAAUUGUGGAACAAUGUCUUUGCAGUAAUGUUUGUAAACUUUGUUGUAUUUUUUUCAUUUGUACUAUAUUAUGCUCUUAUUCUUUGUAUUAUCUGUGAAGGGCUAAACAGUACAUGCAACAUGUAACUUAAGAUAUAUAUAUACAAUAAAAAGGCAACAUGUUUCCGGUC